AUGGUUCUGAUGAAUGGAGUAUGUCCAAUUAUGAUGAAACUGGUACAUGCGGAGAAAAAACAUCAGAAAGCCAUGAUGACUGCAUGGGAACAUGUCAUUAAUGGUGAUGCUGUAUUUAGUCAAGAAAAUCAGUAUUUCUUGACACAGACUGAGCAGUAUGAGUUAGCUGUGAAAAGAGCUGUGCACCUGAGGCAGAAAAUGAAGGAUCUGGGAUGGACCGAAUCUGGAGCUGAGAUGCAGUUUGCUUUCAGAAUCCUGGGAGGAAAUUUGGCUCUUGGAAUCCACAACGGAGUGUUUAUACCAACCAUCACAGAACUGGGAACAGAUGCACAGAUUGCCAAGUGGGUUCCCUUGGCUAAGGAUUAUCAAAUUAUCGCCUACGCUCAAACCGAACUAGGUCAUGGCACCUAUCUUCAAGGACUAGAGACAACUGCAUCCUUUGAUCCUUCCAACCAGGAUUUCAUCCUCAACUCACCAAAACCAUCAUCAAUAAAGUGGUGGCCUGGUGACUUGGGUAGGUCGGCAAAUCAUGCUGUGGUUCUCGCACAGCUGUACACCCAGGGGAAGUGCCACGGGAUGCAUGCUUUCAUUGUUCAGAUUCGCAGUCUGCUGGACCACUCUGCUUUGCCAGGUGUCAAGAUUGGAGAUAUCGGUCCAAAGAUGGCCCUUGAACAGGUUGACAAUGGAUAUUUAAUGUUGCAAAACAUUCGCAUUCCCAAGGACAAUAUGCUGAACAGAUAUAGUGAGGUUACUUCAGAUGGUCGCUAUAUUAAAAAAGGAUCUGACAGAAUCAAUUACAUUGUUAUGGUAUUUACUCGAGUGAAGAUAAUAUCUAGCGAAAUGGUGACUGCACUUUCCAAAGCCUGUGUUAUUGCUAUUCGAUAUUCUGUGGUGCGACGCCAAUCAAAGUUAAAGACUGGUGAAAUGGAAGCAAAAAUUCUAGAUUAUCAGACCCAGCAACAGAAGCUUCUUCCUCAGCUGGCAACAGCAUUUGCCUUUCAUUUCAUGGCCUUAUCAUUGGAUACCUUCUGCAACCAAGUGAAAAUACAGAUCACAAGCAAGGGAGAUGCCUCAUCAUUGCCUGAGCUCCAUGCCUUGUCGGCAGGCCUAAAAGCUUUGAUAUCAGAUGCCUGCAGUGCUGGAGUCGAAGUGUGUCGCAGAGCUUGUGGCGGCCAUGGUUAUUCAAAACUGAGUGGUUUACCUUCUCUUUACACUCGGGUGGUAGCCUCCUGUACAUAUGAAGAGGAAAACACUGUAUUGCAAUUGCAGACUGCACGGUUUCUAAUCAAGUGCCUUAACAAAAUAGAAUGUGGCGAGCCUUUGCCCCAGUCUCUCUCUUACCUAUAUGAACCGAUCACUCAUCAUUGUUGUGCAAAGGAAAAAAGCGAUUUCCUCAAGCCAUUCCUUUAUAUAGAGUUGUACAAGCACAGGGCACACAGACUGAUAAAGGAUGCUGGGAUCAAGUUGCAGUCUCUCCUUCAGUCUGGGGUUGAGCAACAUGUUGCCUGGAAUAGCACUUCUGUACAGCUUGCAAGGGCUGCUGUUGCUCACUGCCAUUACAUUGUUGUGAAGAACUUUGUUGAGACACUGGAUGGAUUAAAGUUUGAGCCUGAAAUCCAGCAAGUGAUCAAAAUGUUGUGUGAUCUUUACGCAUUGAUUGGCAUACUGGACAAUGCUGGGGAUUUCCUAUAUGAUGGCUAUCUGACUGGAAAGCAAUUAGACUUGAUGACUGCCUGUCAACUGCAUCUUCUAUCCCUUGUCCGGAAAGAGGCUGUCUCGAUAGCUGAUGCAUUUGAUUAUCCUGACGAACAGCUGAAUUCUGCGAUUGGUACUUAUGACGGCCUUGCUUACCAACGCCUUUUCGAAUGGGCUCAGAAAGCCCCCACAAAUGCAAAGAAAAAAGUGCCUCAAACAGUGCACUACUCCCUCAGUACUCCACUGUGUCAGGCUAGUCUGUAAGCCCAAGUCUUCUGAAUCAAUCGGAUUACCACUGACAUGAGAAUAACAGGGAAAACAUUUACAGUGCUAUUGGGAGAAGAAAAACUGGUGAGUGAAACUAACUGGAUAACUCUUUAUAGAUCAGGCCCAUUGGCCUGAAUGACCUUUUUCUGUAUCAUUCCAUAAUUCAAUAAGGUGAACCUCAUCUUGUGACAGUGGUUAACUGUUCUGCUGCUAAUGAAACAACAUUUUCUGGAGUUUCGUUUCCAACAUCCCUUUCCUUCUGUAAUUAUCUUGCAUUCUUGUCAGCUAGAGCUGAUUACACUUUCACAGAGAUAAGUGAAUUAAGCAAUGAAUAAGGUUGAAUAGUACAUAGGAUCAGUUAGAAUGCAUUGAUUGUAAUUUGUCUAACUUAGACAAGGGAGAGUUGUGGAGCUUGGAAAGCAGACCCUGCGGUCCAACUCAUCCAUGCCAACCAAGUUUCCCAAGAAUUGAGUAUAGAUUGGAUGGAGGUGUUCAGAAUCAUGGGGUGACUUGACAGCGUGGAUAGAGACAAACUGUUCCCAUUGAUGAAAAGAUUGAGAACCAGAGGACACAAAUUUAAGGUGUAAGACAAAAGAUGCAACCAUAACGUGAGGAAAGAUUAUGAUACACUUGGAGUGGUUAGAAUCCGGAAUGCUGUACCCAAGUAUAGAGGCAAAUCCAUCCAAAACUUUGCUUCCUAAAGAGAACUUCAUAAAGAUUUGCUGAGUGGUUCCAGGAAGGUGGAGAUGAUACGACUAGCUAAGUUGUUCUUGCAUGCUCGACUACUGAAUAGUGGCCUCCCAUGUAGUAACCAUUGUUUCAGGAUUCAAAAGGUUGUUGCAAAAAGAAUAACAAUUGCCAAUCUCUAGUUAUAUCUUCCAUCAGUUAACACCUGAUGUGAUUUGCCAAUCCAGAACUAUCUCAGUAAGAGAAUCAUGAGGACACAGUCCACAAUUUUUCAAUUUCACGUGAGACAAACAUGAGAUGUUAGAAUUCACUCUCAUGGCUCAAAGUAUGUUAAGCUUUGCUGGUUCAUAAUGUGCUUUCAUUCGUGCAUUUAUUGAAAAUGUUUAUUAGUGGUUAAGAAUGGUAUUGCCAAUCUAGAAAGUGUUCAGUUAUGAGAACAGAUCUUCACAAAUGCAGUAAAAGUUAUUUAAUACUGUAAAUUGGUUUCAGAUUUUGAUCUUGUUCUUUAGGCUAUGUAUUGGAAAUAAAUAGCAUUAGUUAUGAAAUUUCAUUGAAAUGCAGGGAUAUUGUUUCAAAGAUAGAGCAGGUUUUUUUUUACAUUUACUGUUGUCAACAUUUGAAAGUAAAUAGAUUACUAGAUUUUUGUUUCCACAGGUUAAUCCUGCAUAUGAGAAAUAUCUGAAGCCUCGCUUUCGAUUAGCACAGUCCAAGCUGUAACUUUCUGGCUUUGUUUUGCUGCUGAUUUUAAUGGUCAAGGCCAUGUUAACAGCAUGGAACGUAAAUUUCUAGAGUGAUUACAAAUGGCCACCGUGGCUCUUGACAGGCAGGUUCAUUCACAAAUAUAAUGCAAACAUCAGUAGUUGAACUAAGGUUCGAUUGAUUUCUAAUGAAUAUCUACUUGUUUUCAGAGUAACUGAAUAUUCUAACUCAGUGUCUGAUCUAUUAUACCAAUAAUUUCAGAAGGUUCAGGAUUUGAAUGCAUUCCCUUUUAUUCUGCUUGCAACUAUUAUUAAACAUUUUCUGUAUCCAUCAACCUGAUCAGAUUUCAUUUAAUGUACCGUAUGUUAACUAUUAAAUAAACCAGAGAUAAUGCUGUUUCAUUACCAACAAUUUUUCUGAGAACCAAAUAAUGUAACAUUUAAGUUGUGUGGUCUCCUUUCUCCUACUUCCCCACCAAACUCACACCUGCAAGUUUAUGCUGGUCGUGUAAGUAUAUGAAAACUUUCAGGGUGGAAAUA